UAUAUGACAGAUACUUUAUGAAAUGCUUAAAUUUUCCUUUAUCUUAACAGGUAUAAUCUAUCGGGAUCUAAAGUUGGAUAACGUCUUACUCGAUCAUGAAGGGCACAUUAAACUUACCGAUUACGGUAUGUGCAAAGAAGGUAUCCGUCCAGGAGACACCACCUCUACCUUCUGCGGCACGCCAAACUACAUUGCACCAGAGAUUUUACAAGGUGUAGAAUAUAGCUUUAGUGUUGACUGGUGGGCAUUAGGAGUUCUACUUUACGAAAUGCUAGCGGGCAAGAGUCCCUUUGAUAUUGUGGGAGCAACUGACAACCCUGAUUGUAACACUGAAGACUUUCUCUUCCAAGUGAUCUUGGAGCGUACUAUCCGUGUUCCUCGAUCAUUGUCCGUUAAAGCUGCCUCGAUACUUAAGGGCUUCCUCAAUAAAAACCCAGUGGAUCGACUAGGAUGUCACCCAGAAACUGGCUUCACAGAUAUUGUUUCACAUCCAUUCUUCAAGACUAUAAUCUGGGAGAUG